CUGGUUGAAAUCUGAGAGGAACUCCUUUUGUGUGGAGCCAUGGAGCCAACUGGUGAUGACCCAAAUGAGCAAUCUGCAAGUAAGAAAGAAGACAAUGUGGAAGAAGCCAAUGAUCUCUUGGAAGAGUGUUGGUUUUUUGAUAACUUGCUCAACAGGAAACAGAAGAUGCUAAGGUGUUUUUCUGAUCCUCACAGCAACUCAUCAGGUUUUGGUCAAGGAAUGUCAGUGAAGGCGAAUAAGGCCACAGAAGGCAAUGGAUUUGCCGGUCCAAAUUUGGUUCGGACGCCGUCGUUGCCUCUUCAUAUAGGGAGGCAGGAGACUGUUCAAGUGAAGCAAAGUGGUGGUAAGAGUAGUGUGAGCAAAUUGACAAGGGAAACGUCGCAUCAGAAAAUGCUACAGACACCAACCCAACCGUCGGUUUGUAUUGGGAGGAGGACAGAAGGAGUUCAGGAUAGAGAAAGUGAUAUCAGAAGAAGUAGAGUAAAUGGGCAACCGGUGCGCCACAAUUUGCUCAGGACACCCUCCCUGCCACCAUGUCGAGUAAAAGAAAAGAGAAACCAAGAAAGUGUUCCACAAAAACACAAGGGGCUCACGACACAAUGUUCUGCCGUUCCAAGAUUUAAACCCCCCAAAAACACAGUAGGGGAAAGCAACAUGAGUAGUACAGAUGGGAUUAAGGAAAUGAGACUCCGGUGCCCUAAUCAACUGACGACGAGAAAGAGCCUAAGUGAUCUUGAAAUUGAAGAACUGCAAGGGUUCAAGGACUUGGGGUUCACAUUUGACACGAAAGAGUUGAGCCCUAAUGUGGUGAACAUACUUCCCGGUCUGCAGGAAAAGAAGAGGAGUGAAGAUUUGAACUCGAUACAUGUUAGGAGGCCUUAUCUUUCCGAGGUGUGGUUGGCGCAAAGCUGCGCAGCCCCGCCACCUCCAAAUUUGGGUGCAACUAUGUCUACUGAAGAUAUAAAGGAACAAAUCAAGUUCUGGGCUAGAUCUGUGGCUUCUAAUGUGCGCUAGGGAUUUUUUUUCUUCUGAAUUUUAACUUGAUUUACAUGCUAAUCGAUUAUGUAGUCCGAUUCAUUUAAAAAAGUAACAUCCAAUAAUC